CCGCAUACCCAUGAGUCAGUUGGAGGAGGUUCAUCUGCACCCCAGCUGGUAGUUCCGGGAUCUGGCUCUGUCGACUGGAUGACUUCUGCUGAAAGAUGAAACAUAGCAGAUUCCUGACUGGCCUGGUCCUGGCUGCCCUUCUCCCUCAAGUGAAGCCCUUCCAGAUACCUGUGGAGGAAAAUGAGGACAGAGUGUCUGUGAGUUGCAAUACCACUGUCCAGUGGCUGGGAGGAACUGUAGGGAUACGGCAAGAAAACGGUACCCGUCUGGACUUGGGAAGCCGCCUCCUGGAUCCACGAGGAUUGUAUAUGUGUUUGGGGACAGACGACAAUGCCAAGAAAGAAUCUACUGUGCAAGUGUAUUAUCGAAUGUGCCAGAACUGUGUAGAGCUGGACUCUGGCACUCUUGCUGGCAUCAUCAUCACUGACAUCAUCGCCACUCUGCUCCUUGCUUUGGGAGUCUACUGCUUUGCAGGACACGAGACCGGAAGGCCCUCUGAGGCUGCCGACACUCAAGCCCUGUUGAAGAAUGACCAGCUUUAUCAGCCCCUCCGAGAUCGUGAGGAUGCUCAGUACAGCCGUCUUGGAGAAAAGUGGCAUCGGGGCAAAUGACCUCAAGGCCAGUGGCUUCUAGAAGCACCUCCCAGACUGUGCCAACCCUGAUUGCUUGGCCAAUAAAGACGUUCUCUUCCA